AUUUGAAGGAUAUACGCAUGCAGAUCUCGAUUUUUCUGAACAAAAUCCAUCACCUCCUAAAAUGUAUGAAGCUAAAAAUAACACCGAAUUUCUAUGGGACUCCUUCAUAGAUAUUUGUAGGAAAGUGUCCCAGCAUUUAAGUAGUCUGAAAUCACUGAGUGAUACAUUAGUAGAAACUUCAAACAUUGGCAAAAUGGCUGGUGAAGGAAAAUUUAGACCAAAGGAUGCUGCAUAUGGUCUUCCAGGUUUUGAAGUUUUCUUGAAUCAAACCAAUGUACCUACAUAUAUGCCCAAAGUAGUAAAUAUUCACGAUCGUCACAAAUCAUUUGUUUAUUUUCAAGUCUCUUUACAAGACUCAAUCAUAUUUUAUGUACAUACGAAAAUUUUGCCUUAUGGAAUGUUUUACAUCCUGAACCCCUACGCCUUCAUAGUUUAUGGACAUUUAUUCAGAAAUCUGGUCAGAUAUCUUGUCCUUAUGUCAAAGCUCUUUUGUUUCCUGACGACUCUAGCGAAGUAAAUGAACCCAUGUUAACUACUUGUGUUUUAUCAAAGACAAUUAUAUACAUGUUUCACUCCACUCUUAUGGGGCAAGGAGAUGCUAUUGAGCUUCAACCUCCGUUUCUCUCUCCGGUGCAUUUCCUAAAUUCAUGGCAGGAGUUAGAGCCUACUGCGUAUCGCCCACUGAUUAAAAAUAUCAUUUAUAAUAUUCCUGAACUGAUGAGUUUUUUCACUACACUUUCAAAUCAUUUCGCCCAUAUCUCUUAUAUUUACUGUCAUAACCGUUCACGCCAGCGUUCCGUUCUUGGUUCAUGGUUGGAAGAUCUUCCAGAUUUGCUUGACGAGUGUGCAAACGCCGAGUUUGUCAUUGGUGUUGAACUUAGAAAUAAACUGGCGAAUAAAACAACUGAGUGUUUUGAAUCUAAUUUAGCUUCUUUGCUCAGGAGUUUAUCGGAAAACUGCAUCGUUUCAGGAUCUGAAGGACAACCUACUUUAGAAAAUGAAUCUGCUGAUAGUAAAGGUCUAAAUAAACAAGUUGAUAAGUGUGAUUCUGUGAAUGAUGUUGAGAGGCUUGUCAAUCGUCAAAGUAAAAAGAAAAAGAAACGUCGAGAAAAAUGCAAUGUAUCCGGUGUACAUAGUAAGGGCAUAGAAAUGUCGAAUACCAUGAAUUUUAACAGCGUUGUUAAACCAAUUUCACCUAUGAUACAUGAAAUAGGUUCGACUUUUGAGGUUCACUUGCUCAAUGUACAUCAAUACUUGAAUACUGCAACCCUGUAUGUUAUACGUGCACUUCAGAGAGAUAGUGGGAUCGAAAUAAAUGUGAAUCGUCUAAGUCCGGAUCCUGAUUCUGACGGGCAACUACGUUUAUUUAUUAGUCGAAAUUAUCUGGAACCUUAUGCCAGAAGGCUUGGAAUUUUUCUCAUCCCUCAUAAUUCACCUCUAGCUGAAAUGGGAGGUGUUUCAGGGGCUUACGAAACAUGGAGAUCAUUAGUAAGUAGUAGCAUUAUUGAUGGUCGUUCAACAAGUGAUCUUUAUCUGAUGGCAGCAAGAGCGUUUGAUGAAGCGCAGAAUUUAAUUCAGAAAACUCUGUAUUUGAAGUCAGUAGGUGAAGAAAAGUUACUUAAGUUCACACAGUCUCCUAUUGUUCUAUCCCUGUUCACUGAAAAGUUAGGGCCUCCUGACCAACUCAUCGAUCUUCAACAAUUAGCAAGACGUAAUUCCAUUGCUUGUCGUGUACUGGGUGUAUGUGAAGAUCGACGGCCAAUUGUACAUACAGCCAAUCCGUCCACAAUAAAUCCUAAGAUGUCGUUUUUAUGUUCAUCUAGUCCAGUUAAAUUGGACUACAACUUUUUAGAAAGCAAGUGUUAUCCGCUUAUUCGUCUAGCUAGUCAAUCUAAAAAAUCUUAAUAAUAGUUAUGUUCACCUGUGAAUAUCUGUUUGGAUGUUAUAAAUUUGUUUAAAGACUGGAUGUUAAAA